AUUUUGCGUCGGAUAUUUUAUGAAUUAUUUAGAAUAGUUCUUAGUUAUGUUUAAAUAUAAUUAACAACACGCAUUAAUAGCUAUUUAUAAGUUAUAAAGUAGUUAUUUAAGAAGUCUAAAAUGGCUAAAGCAGAGGCUACCGGUGGAACGAGUACCCAGAUUUUAAACAUCGAGUUUAUGAGAUCCCUGGUCAAACAAUACUCCGAAUUGGGUCAAUGGACAAGUGCACUGUUCUGGGCGGAUGCGGCGGCAGGUACAGGGAGCGCGGGGGGUGCGGCUAGCGGCGACGACGUGUGGUUACUGGCUAGCACAAUGUUGGCACGAGGAGAAUUACACCGGGCUGCAUAUGCAGUAACUUCGAGGGGAUUACACAGACGACAUCUACUCUGUCUCGGCGUGGCGAUGCGUGCGUACGUGUCGGCAAAGGAGCCGACAGCCGCGCUCACGCUCUACGAGGAAUGUGAUGAUAUAUUAUUGGAGCCACGAAGUACCGACCAGACUCAUAAUAGAGCACUAGCAGGAGUGCUCGUGUGGCAAGCGCGAGCGCUAAGCCUGCUGGACCGGCGCGACGCGGCGGCGACGGCGCUGUCCAGCGCGCUGCGCGUCGACGCCGCGUGUGUAGAGGCCCUAGACCUGUUGCUUGAUCAACACGCAUUUGCUCCAUCACAGGAGAGCGAGUUAAUAGAAUCCCUGCCCAUCGCAUCGCAGCUGGGUGCGGCGGAGGGCGCGCUGGUCCGCGCGGCGUACAACGAGCGCCUGCGCCGAUACGCACCACCCACGCCGCCCAUGGAUACCACCCCGUCAGACCCUGACUGUCCGAUAACACAAGAAGUGGAAGCGGCGCGCUCGCGCACAGCAGAGGCGGCGAUGUGGCGCGGGCGCAGACUCGCCGCCGCCUGCGAGUGGGCUGAGGCGCUAAAAGCGCUUGACCAAGUGGACCCGUGGUGCUGCGCAGAAGUACGCGUGGCGUGUCUCGUGGAACUGAAAAAGAGUUCCGAACUUUUCUCUUUCGCUCACUUGCUCGUUGACGCCUACCCGCAUACCUGGCAAGCUUGGUUUGCUGUUGGAUGCUAUUACUAUCAAAUUGGCAAAAGUGACUUAGCACGGCGGUACCUCAGCAAAGCAAAGAGUGUAGAAGCAGGCGCGGGCUGUGUGUGGCUGGCCUACGGACACAGCUUCGCGCAUGACGGAGAACACGAUCAGGCUAUGGCGGCAUACUUCAAGGCGAGCCAGCUGAUGCCCGGUUGUCACCUGCCCCCUCUGUACGUCGGUGUGGAGUGCUCUCUACUGAACAACGUUGCUAUGUGCGAGCGUUUUCUCACACGCGCUGCGCAACUACACAACUCUGAAUCGUCUUGUGAAGUGGCAGAAGAAGGCGACGAGAACGUAAGCGGGUGGGAUCGGGUGGCGCAGUGCGCGACCGAACCCCACGUGGCACAUGAGGCGGGCUGCGCCGCUUUCGCUGCCGGGGACACCGCCGCCGCCUGUCGCUUGUGGCUGCGUGCACUCGACACCGCCAGGAAAGGAAACGACGAGGUGAGUGCUAGAUGGGCACCAACCCUAGACGCAUUAGGCCACGCGUGUCGGCAACUGGGGCAGCCAGCUGAGGCCCUCCAAUGGCACGAACGCGCCCUAGCCUUGCGGCCCGGCCGAGCGUCCACCUACGCCGCCAUGGGGCUAUGCCUGGCCCUACUGGGGCGAGAGACUGAUGCCGCUGAUGUGUUGCACACAGCACUCGCUAAAGACCCCGAUGACGUAGUGUCGUUAGCUUUGUUGGACGCUAUCGUUGAUAGACUUGACUCUGCUUUAACUGAGGAAGAAAUCCCCUCGCUGCCUUUCCCGGCCGUGACAAUUUCGGUGCCGACUACUACACCGGAACCGGACGCCGACGCUACCAACACUGCAGACAUGAGCAUGAGUUUCGACUGAUUAAGUCUCGGAACGGUCGAUGAUCACUAUAUCAGUUAUAAGCGGUUCAACACCAUGUAAGAAUUGGCAAGUUAAAUUUAACCUUCACUGUGUUGCCGACUUUUAAACAACUUAUAAUUACUUACAGCGAUCGAGGAUUCGAACUAAGUGUGAUAAGACAUUUAACUAUGAAACACGCACCAUAGCGGG